AAAUGUAACCGAUUAAAAAAAAAAAAAGGAAGGGCUUGUACCUGGCCUUCUUAACUUAGGAAACACCUGUUUCAUGAACUCCUUGCUGCAAGGCUUAUCUUCCUGUCCAUCUUUCAUCAAGUGGCUGGAGGAAUUUACAGCACAAUACAAGACAGACCAGAACCAGUCCACUGAGCAUCAAUACUUGUCGGUCACUUUGCUGCAUCUCCUAAGAGCUUUAUCCUGUCAAGAGGUAAUGGAAGAUGAUGUCCUGGAUGCAAGCUGCCUGUUAGAAGUUUUAAGGAUGUACAGGUGGCAGAUCUCAUCAUUUGAAGAGCAGGAUGCUCAUGAACUAUUUCACGUCCUUACCUCUUCAUUAGAAGAUGAACGGGAUCGUCAGCCACGUGUGACACAUUUGUUCGAUGUGCAUUCACUGGAGCAGCCAGAAAUAACCCAAAAGCAAAUAAGCUGCAGAACAAGAGGGUCUCUUCCCCCUGUGUCAAAUCACUGGAAAUCUCAGCAUCCUUUUCAUGGAAGGCUGACCAGCAACAUGGUUUGCAAACACUGUGAACACCAGAGUCCUGUGAGGUACGAUACCUUUGACAGUCUCUCGCUGAGUAUUCCAGCAGCUGUGUGGGGUCGUCCUAUGACACUGGACCACUGCCUCCAUCAUUUCAUCUCCUCUGAAUCUGUGAAGGAUGUUGUGUGUGACAACUGCACUAAAAUUCAGGCAGAAGGGACUCUGAACGGACAGAGCAUAGAAAACCAGAGAACAACAUUUGUUAAACAAUUAAAAUUAGGAAAGCUCCCUCAGUGUUUGUGUAUCCAUCUGCAAAGACUGAGCUGGUCAAACCAAGGCACUCCUCUGAAGCGUCACGAACAUGUACAGUUCAAUGAGUUCCUGAUCAUGGACAUCUACAAAUACCGCGUUCCUGUUCAUAAAUCAAGCCAGAAUGAGCUGAAUCAGAAACAGUCUGAAGAGACAGCACCUGGGACAAAGGAUGGGAUAGCAGUAAAACCUUCAGAUGCAGAACAGUCAUCUGGUACUAAACCAGGUGCCUGCUCCCCUUCAUUUUUAAUGUCCUCCGGAACUUUUCCACUUGCUACAUUCCCGGAAUGCAGUUCCCCUGUGUACCUGUACCAUCUGAUGGCAGUUGUGGUGCAUCAUGGAGACAUGCAUUCUGGACACUUUGUGACUUACCGCCGCUCUCCACCUUCUCCCAAGAACCCGCUCUCUGUCAGCAGUCAGUGGCUCUGGAUUUCGGAUGACACUGUUCGCAAGGCCAGUUGGCAGGAAGUCCUUUCUUCUAGUGCUUACUUGCUUUUCUAUGAGCGUGUUCACUCGAGGGUACAGCACCAAAGCUUGGAGUUGAGGGCUAAAGAGUGA